GGGUGCGGUUAAAAGGCGCCGGCCCCGGACAGGUGUCGCAGCGCAGCGCCCGGCGCGCUCCUCCCCGCGCUCCCUCCAGUCGGCGCCCGGCGCAACCCGAGACCACGCGUGCAGUACCAACCUCUCAGUGGACAGGAUGGAUUGGGGUGCGCUCCAUGCGAUCCUGGGAGGUGUCAACAAAUACUCCACCAGUAUCGGGAAGAUCUGGCUCACGGUCCUUUUCAUUUUUCGAGUCAUGAUCCUCGUGGUGGCCACUAAGGAGGUGUGGGGAGAUGAGCAGGCUGAUUUUACCUGCAACACCCUCCAGCCUGGCUGCAAAAAUGUGUGCUAUGACCACUACUUCCCCAUCUCGCACAUCCGGCUGUGGGCCCUGCAGCUGAUCUUUGUGUCCACGCCGGCACUCCUGGUGGCCAUGCACGUGGCCUACCGGAAGCAUGAGAAGAAAAGGAGGUUCAUUAAAGGAGAGAUGAAGAGCGAAUUCAAGGACAUCGAGGAGAUCAAAAAUGAGAAGAUCCGCAUAGAAGGGUCCCUGUGGUGGACCUACACCACCAGUAUCUUCUUCCGGGUCAUCUUCGAAGGUGCCUUCAUGUAUGUGUUUUACAUCAUGUACAACGGCUUCUUCAUGCAGCGCCUGGUGAAAUGCAAUGCUUGGCCUUGCCCCAACACGGUGGACUGCUUUAUCUCCAGGCCCACAGAGAAGACUGUCUUUACUGUGUUCAUGAUUGUGGUGUCAGGCAUUUGCAUCUUGCUAAACAUCACAGAAUUGUGUUAUUUGUUCAUUAGAUAUUGUUCCAAAAAGUCCAAAAAACCUGUUUAGCAUUGCUCAGCUAUAGAUAAAAGAUGAAGUGACCUGUGUUUAGCUGUCAAGGCUCAGUCACCAGCAUUUGCCAAGACAAAGAUUCUCAUCUUAAAUUUAACCAUUAGAACCCCCUAGGCCUCCCAGGAAACCCAGGUGCCUGCUAUGGGGGGCCAAGUUCCCAGAGCCCCAAAACAAGUCCAUGUGUUAAUGUUUACUAAAAUUAGUUCCAAUGAGACCCGAACUGGUAGGGUUAUUGGUGUAAGAUACUUUCGUAUUUAAAAACCAAGUCUAGUGUCAUUUGUUUCUGUUUCUCUGAGGGCAGGACAUAAAGCCCAGGUCCUCUAGGAGAUGUAGGAAAAAGUUCCAGUUCCCCACUCAGACACCCUCUGCCAGGUUCCCCCAGUUAAAGGUAAACACAGAGAAUCAUGGUUCUUUUAUUUGCUUUAGAAGUUGUAAUCUGUAACAAAGGACAAAGUUACCUAAUGCUUCAAUCACUUAAAUAAGACAGUUUCUUUUGAUCCAAAGAUGUUCUGAAAGCUAUUAUACCCUCUUCCUAUGUCAGUCUCAGAUGAUGAUGUAUAAAGGCUGUGUGAUUGGAUCCUCUAAUUUAAUUUAAAGACGGCCUUUUGGUGAUGAGUGACUUGCAGAGUGACGUUGUUAAUAACCACGGUACAUUGCACCACCCAUGAGGCCUCUCUCAAACGAGCCAAUUAGAAGUUCCUCAUGACAGCCUAGGAAAGCAGAUGCCCUCAUUUCAAAACUAUACAUAGAGCUUUUCACCAGAAACACCAGCAGAAGCCUGCCGUGGGUAACUCCUGCCACCACCCGCUUCCUUUCCGGUUUUCCCUCUCAUUGCUGGGAUGUGGUUUCCAGUGUCAGAGGGAACAUGAUUUACAGAGGUUGCUUGGGAACGUUACUGCUGCAGUUAUUAGAUGGUGCAGAACAAAAUGGGGAGGGGGCGGGAGGAUUUACCAUUUUCAGAGAAGAUGGAAAGACCGUACUCUAAAUUCUGUUGAUUAAAAAUGAGUUUUUUCUACUUUGAAA